AACAAAGGUGGCUCGGCCACGCAAACCAGCUUACGUCCGCGUUAGGUACCAACAGGGAUCUAAAAUGAAGGAACUGGCCAAAUUCAACGUUGCGGAUAAAAGAGAAGUUACUUUCUUGGAUGGUAGAACAAGUGCCAGAAUUGAGUUUAAUCCUCCAAUUGAUAAGCUCAAAGAUGGCGUGACGUAUAUGGUUGAAGUUGACGCUGGUACAGCCAUUGUUUACAAACCAGAUCCAUGCGGUAACGCCCCAGCAGCUACCGAAAAUGCAGGCGCGAUGUUCCCAUUUAUGACUGCCGAAUGCAAGCCUAAACCACCACCGCAAGCAAUUCCAGAUGAAUCGAUCCCCUCGCCAGACUUUGAGACUGCUAAAGAAAGGGUAUGGCAUAUCAAGUUCAACAAGAAGAUUGUUCGUCCAACAGAAUCCGCCUUCAUUAAGAUACUUGAGCUUCCAAGCAAAAAGCUAUUGGCUAAAUACGAUGCCUCGAAAGCAGGUCAGGUAGAGUUCCCAUCAGAUGAUCCGACUAUUCUUCGUUUCGACAAACCGGCAGGAAUAGAAGAUGGAAUGAAAUUUACUCUUGAACUUGGUCCAGGCGUAGUAAUGGCAGUCAACGCUCAGCCAUGUCGAAGCGAAAUGAACAAUCUUGUAGGCGGAGUAGCCAUGAAGCCUAAUCCACCUACCAGCUGGGGAUUCAAAUCUCCACCUCCACCAGAACCAUACGUCGACUGUGGUGAUUACAGCAUGACUUUCCAUGUUCCACACAAGUAUGUAGAUGACAUGGCACCAGAACUUCUACAUCUCCAUGAUCCCAGCUGCACUGCCAAGAGCCGAAAUUCCAAAUUCAUGUCAGUCACAACAUUUUUUGAUGAAUGUGGAACCAAGUCGAAGGUAAGGCUCAGUCAUAUGCUUAAUAAUAGGUAA